AUGACAACUACACAACCAGCAGACGUUCAAAUUGUCAAAUCUAUUCCAAAUGGGGUCAAGUUUGCUUUUGGCGGAUUGGCCGGGUAAAUCUUUUUGUCUCUGAUAGGUAUAGCAAGCUUUUUUUCUUCUUAGAAUGGGUGCUACUCUAGUUGUUCAACCUUUGGAUCUUGUCAAAAAUAGAAUGCAACUUUCCGGUACUACAGGUUAGGAGUUCAUUUAGGCAGAAUUUUUCCUAUUGUUUUACUUUUUUUUCAGGAAAGAAAGAAUACAGGUCAAGUUUUCACGCGCUAACAUCGAUCAUCAAGAACGAGGUAGAGAACAACUGGGAAGAAGUUGAAUCAUUCAUUUUUUUUUCAGGGGCUUUUCGCAGUUUAUAAUGGCCUUUCCGCUGGUUUAUUACGUCAAGCGACGUACACAACCACGCGUUUAGGAACCUAUACCUACCUUCUGGAGAAAUUCUCGAAGUUUUCGAAUUUGCGCUCUAAACCUUAACUUUCUGCUUCUCAGAGAUUCAGCCUCGACGUCGUUCGCAAUGAAGGCGUCACUGGGAAUGGCAGCCGGAGCGAUUGGUUCCUUUGUUGGGACACCCGCAGAGCUUGCGCUUAUCCGGAUGACAAGUGGGAGGAAGUCAGAACAAAAUCGAAGAUUUCGAUAUUUAGGCGAUGGCCGAUUGCCGCCCGAGCAGCGACGCAACUACAAAAGUGUCGUCGAUGCGCUUUCUCGCACCGUUCGCGAAGAAGGAGUUCUCACUCUGUGGAGGGUUCGUCUUUCUUUUCAUUCGAGCGCCUAAAAAUACUUACAACGUUGAAUUGAACAUAGGCAUACAAAAGAGCUUUUAAUGUCGAAAUGUGCAUCGCGGCAUUGGAUUUGAAUUUUUUUUUGGUUUGCGAAGCUCUUUGUUUAGGUCUGAAUGAUUUUUAUUGUCUUUUUUCGAGUGGCAUCGUUAAAAUUCUGUUUUUUUUCCUAACAAAAGAAGUUUUUUUGGUGGCCUGUUGAUGAAGCUUCAAAGUUUGCACGCUGAUUAAGUACUGAUAAGGCAGAGGGUAUGGUGUAGUGGUUAUCGUCCUUGCACCGCGGAGACUAUGACCAGGGUUCGAAUCCUUUUCAAGAAAGUAUCUUUUGCUAAAAUUACUUUCUAAAGAAUCUAUCGGAAUUUUCGAAAUCGAACAAGUUUUUCAUUUUGAGUUGGUUUAACAAGAUUUUUGAUGAUACUGAAUUUUACCGGCUCAUAGACUGAUAAAACAGAUCGCGGAAAUUAAGUUGUACAUGGUUUUCAAUCAUUGGUAAAACCCAGUAGAUAAUUCGUAAAAAAAAAAGUUAAAAUUUACGUAUAAAAUUUGAGAAGAAAAUCUUGGUCGAUUCCAACAAUGUUAUAAGAUUCCUCACAGAGAAUUUUUGGCAAAAAGAGAUUCUUGAAAAACAUUGGAACCCUAGUCGUAGUCUACGCGGUGCAAGGACGCUAGUACCACUACACCACGCUAGCCACUGGAGAGGAGGCUUACACGACGCAGAUGCCCUCUGGCCUUGAAGUACUUAUUCAGCGUGAAAAUUUUGAAGCUUCAUGGUUCGUAAACGAGAUCCAUUGCGAGAAGUUUUGUUCGUGUUCCUGAAAGAGGAGGUCUUAAAGCACACUCCAGCAAAGUUUCAUCAGAAGUUCAACCGGCCAUCAAAAGCACUUCCCUUGUAAGACUGACUCGAAGUUUUAGGGCUGCACUCCCACUGUUCUGCGCGCCAUGGUAGUAAACGCGGCUCAACUUGCGACUUACUCUCAAGCCAAACAGGCUCUUCUCGGAAUCGGCUACGUUCAUGACGGUAAGCUUAUUCUCUUUUACAAGUUUUGCAUGAAAACUGAAAAAAAAAAUUUGAAAAAAAAAAACUGAAAAAAAAAACUUUUUUUUCCAACCAAAUAGUCGGCAAAAACACUACCCUGGCAAACUCAAAUCUCUCUUAACUUUUUUUUCUGUUGAUUUUUUUCUGGAUUCCUUAUAUCGUUUAUGGUAUAAUCUUUCUUAUUUUUUUGUCUGAAGCUCAAAAAAAGUUGAUCAGUCUAUACAUUUUUCGAAAUAUUACAACUUCGAAAAAUUCCAUAAGUUUACCGUUUUUCUUGUUCUCCUUAAUGUAUAAAUUUAGUCAACUAUUUAAUUAUUUAUUCCGCGUUCAAAGAUACGUUGAAUAAUAUAAGGAAAUGCGGCGAAUUACGGUUAAGAAGCCACUUGACAAUACUUAUUGUUUCUGGGAAAUACCCUUGAAUCUAAUUCUCAGCGCGCGUCAAAUAAGCUCUGAUCGUGGCAUCGAACUGUGGGUCUUGAAGAAGUAAUUUUAUAAGUAGCAGAAGAUGGAAGAAUCGAGGAUUUUCAGGCGUUUUUUGCCACUUCCUCGCUUCUAUGGUCUCUGGUUUAGCCACGACGAUUGCCUCAAUGCCCGUCGACAUUGCCAAAACAAGGUGAGAAAAAUAAACCUUCCUUUUAAAAUUUCUUUUAAUGCUGUAGAAUCCAGUCAAUGAAGGUGAUCGACGGAAAACCGGAAUACAAGAAUGCGUUUGAUGUUUGGGCCAAGGUAUUCUUUCAUCACGAUAUCAACUACGGAAGUGUGUUUAAGGUCAUCAAAAACGAGGGAGUUCUGGCCCUGUGGAAGGGGUUCACGCCGUACUACAUGCGUCUGGGACCUCACACAGUACUAACUUUCAUAAUUCUCGAGCAAAUGAACUCGGCUUAUUACCGCUUGGUUUUGAAGUCAGAGGCAACUCGCGGAGGCCUCUGA